AUGAGUUCGGUAGCGGUCCCGGGUCAAAAUGAUGCUGUGGUUCACAAUGUGGAGCAGCACAAGCUGGGGCAGUGGGAGCCGAUUAAGGAUGUGAAGGACCCAUACGUGCAAGAGCUUGGAAGAUUUGGAGUGAUGGAGGCAAACAAGCAAUCGGGAGGAAACCUGAUUUUCAAUCGUGUGGAUUUUGGUGAGAGGAAAGUGGUUGCUGGAAUAGAAUACAGGCUUAGGGUGGUCGUGGAGAAGCCUGGCGACAAUGGCAUUUAUUUCUAUAUGAUUUUGGUGUUGGAUAACAAGUUGGAGUCCACUUGGAAAUUCUUGUCAAUUGAGCCUUUCUUGAAGUGA